AGAGCCUCAGACAUGACAUGUGGGGAGAAAAAAAAAAAAAACCCUCCACAAACUUUUACUUUGUGGGCACAAAAUAGUUAAUUUAUACAUACAAAGUACAAAUCAAAAUAGUUAUAGCAGUAGCUCCAUACUGGACACGAGCGCAAGCAAAUGGAGCGCACCCUCUUUCCGAAGUUGAAGGUCGAAAUAAACGAGGCUAAAGCGCGGAAGUUACACAAUGCACAGACGAGAUGAGAAAGUAAAGGUACCGUGAAACCAUCGCACGUGUCUUUCAGUUUUGGGUGCGUCGUUUGUAGCAAGUCUGUAAAUCGAUGCGGUUUCCCUCCACUCCAGUACGGAGCCACGUUUUCAUUGUGCGCAUGCACUACCUGACCUAACCCUAGCAUGAACCAAUGACUUAGCGUGCACGCUGUUAACUAUUUCGUGCGCACAAACUGCUGAGAGAGAGAGAGAGAGAGAGAGAGAGAGAGAGAGAGAACAAAUUCAACUGGACAGGACAUUUGAAGCUGUCCUUCGCCAAGGGAAGGGCCAAGCUAAUUGCUGUCCGAAAACCGCACUCGUUUCCAUUGAAAAAGAAGCAAAUAACAUCACGCGUGCUUUGAAUUGUAAAAUUUCAGUUUGAGGAUCCGGCCGCCAUCACACGCUUCAAUGGAGAUUUCGGUCAUAGUCCUCACUGUCGUCUUCACACAGUGACAUGGAAUCAAACUUUCAGCCUCCUUUGUGCCAAAAGGCAACGUUUGCCCAAUUCUCGUUGUGUAUUUCCACAUAAAAUGAUUCUUUUAGUCGCACAAUUUCGGCACGGUGAACGACCGAUUAGCACAUCUGCGUCACAGUGCCGAGGAUCGGGGUUUGAAUCCCGCCCGUUUGCACUCCGCUUUCCUCCUCCAUGCCAAAAACAUUCACGCUCGGUUCAUUGAAAACACUAAAUUGCCCGUAGGUGUCAAUGGUCAUUUGCCCUAGGGAUAGGCUGGCGACCAGUUGAGGGCCCACCCCCACCGCUCACGAGACGUUAGCUGAGAAAGGCUCCAGCGCACCCGCGAUCCUAGUGAGGAUAAGCAGUACCUAAAAUGGCUGAAAUUGAAUUCAUUUCCUGGCGCUUCCGUAUGGUUUGAUAUCACGAAGAGCUGCGCUGUUUUUGCGCGCUCGAUAAGUUAAGAUGAGCGAGCAUCUUGGCGUCCGAUGUCGCACGGAGCACUAAUUCCGCGGAUGUCGGCAACGUGCGCGAGCGGCACGCUUGUUGGCAUUCUCGGCAUCAGACGAGCCUUCGUCUCAGAGUUCAUCCGCGUCGGGGUCAGACGGCCUCCCGUUUACAAUGUCAGCUUGAGGUCCGUCUGCGUCCACUCACAUUGUUUGAUGAUUCCUUCCCGCUCGCUCGCACCCCCGUGAGGAUGGAGACGUCGCCGAAAGCCAGCGGGGUGUUAGCCGAGGUGGCGCCGCCCCGUGACGAGCGCAUGGACGAGUUCAGCAGGAGGUUGAAGGAGAUCCUCGGCAGCGACGCUCCGGUGGAAGCGGACGCCCACGACGACAUCACUGCGAGCGUCCAGUCAGAGAUUUGUUGGGUCGCAGACAGUCUGAGCGCUUUGUCAUCACCUGAAGAAAAACUCGAUCACUUGAUGAGGAAACACGCUGAGCUGAUGUUGCGCGAGCGGGGCGAGGAGAGGAUGCUUCAGGAUCUCCGCGACAACAUUUGCGUCCUGCGGGCCGAGCGGAGCAAAUUAGCAAGUUUGUGCAGAGACGUCCAAGAUCACUACUACACGCUGCGGGAGGACGCGCUGCGCCGCUGCCAGGAGGACGAGGAGAAGCGGUCGGAGAUGGCCGCGCACUUCCAGACGUCGCUGGCAGAAAUCCAGACGCAGAUCGAGCAGCACAGCGCCAGAAAUGAAAAACUGUGCGAGGACAACGCCAAGCUGAGCGAAAAACUGCACUCGCUGCUGGAACAGUGCCAGCGUAGAGAGGAGAGUUUGGAGAAGGUGAACCAUCACCACAACCUCCAACAACAGCUAACCUCGGCAAAGCUGGAUCAGGCCAACGCGCUGCUGGCGGACGCGGAGCAGAAGCACCGACGCGAGAAAGAAUACCUGCUGGCCGAGGCGCUGGACAAAACCCGGAAGUGCUUCGCCAUGAAGGAGGAGGAGCUGAGCAUGAAGAAGAAGUUGGCGCUCUACUCCAAAAAGUUUGACGAGUUCCAGACGACGUUGGCCAAGAGCAAUGAAAUCUACGCUCGUUUCAAGAACGAGAUGGAAAACAUGUCUGUGAAGAUGAAGACGUUGGAGAAGGAGUCAAACGUUUGGAAGUUGAGGUUCGAGAACUGCAACAGAGCCUUGACAGACUUGCUGGAGGAGAGGAGCGAGAAGGGCGAAGAGUACAAGGUUUUCGUGGUGACCAUCCGCAAGUUGGAGAAGCUGUGUCGAGCUCUUCAGGACGAGAGAAAGGUUCUCUACGCUAAAAUCAAGGAUGUCCGUCGGGGUGACGCCGACGCCGGCCCCGAGGAGCCAUCGGCGCAGGAAAAGCGUGACGACGGCGACGGCCUGAUGACGGAGGAGAUGCGGCGUCUGAGUGCCGAGCAAGUCAAACUGCAAGAAUUCGAAGAGUCCUUGAUGGCGUCUCACGGAGCGAGACAGGAACAGGAAGCGGACCCGUCGGACCUGGACGACGACCUCGUGGCGACGGCCUUCGCGCAUUUCCAUAAAACACAACCGCAAGAGCGGAACCGCAGUUCAGAAGUGGAAGUGAAGCCCGAAGUAAAACCAGAACCACAGUCAGAACCGCAAGUGAAACAAGAACAAAAACCAGAAUUAAAUCGAGAACCACAGUCACAACCAGAAAUAAAACUAGAACCACAAGAAAAACUACAACUAAAUUCACAACCAAAAUCAGAGUCAAAACUCGAACCUCCAGUUGAAUCAGAACCAGAAGCGAAACAAGAACCACAGUCAGAACCAGUAACAAAACCACAACCAGAAGUAAAAUUACAACAAAACUCACAACCAAAAUCAGAGCCAAAACUCGAACCUCAAGUUGAAUCAGAACCAGAAGUGAAACAAGAACCAAAACAAGAACCUCGGUCAGAACCAGAAAUAAAACUAGAAGGAGAAGUAAAACUACAACACAAUUCCCAACCAAAGUCAGAGUCAAAACCCGGACCUCAAGUUAAAUCAGAAGCACAAGUUAAAGCAGAAGUACUCGUAAAACCAAAAUCAGACUCAAAACCCGAACUUAAAUCAGGACCAGAAGUCAAACCAGAACAACAAUCAAAAUCAGAGCCUGAAGCAGGAUCGAAACCAAAAGUGAAACCCAACUCGCAAUCGUCUUCACAGGUUAGCACUGACGUCAAAUUAUUGAGCUCUCCUGGAGACUGCCAGUGUGACGCUCAGGCCACUUCGGAAACCACGCCCUCUCCACCCCCCAAGAAGGAAACCAAGAAGAAGAAGAAGAAGUGCAACAACAGCAACAACGAAGGGUCUUUGCGUCCAUGAGGCUGCGGUGCGUCACGGUUCCCACUGGGGGGCGCUGUUGUACUGCACGCAGCAAGCCUGCUUGGUUGUCUGGGCAAAAUGAUUCAAAAAUACAAGAUGUUGAAAUUAAAGUCAUUUGGAUGAAAA